CGUCUACAAGAUGGCGAUGGCGUCCUAUGUAGGUUGACUUUAUUAACCCUGUCUAGUAGCAAACCACUGUGGAACACAUAUUAACUUCAAAGAAUACUUUAGCAUGGCCAAAACAUUCACUUCUGGGAAAAAGCCAUACCAUUGCAAAACUUGUGACAAGCGGUUUACUAGGAAACAAGAUCUGCAAAGACAUGAAAGAUCCCACACUGGAGAGAAGCCAUACCAGUGUAAAAGCUGUGACAAGUGGUUUAAUCAGAAAGGAAAUCUGCGAGUACAUGAAAGAUCCCACACUGGAGAGAGGCCUUACCAGUGCAAAACAUGUGACAAGUGGUUUGCACAUAAGGGUGAUCUAACAGUACAUGAAAAAUCCCACACUGGAGAGAGGCCUUACCAGUGCAAAACAUGUGACAAGUGCUUUGUACGAAAGGGUGAUCUAACAGUACAUGAAAGAUCCCACACUGGAGAGAGGCCUUACCAGUGCAAAACAUGUGACAAGUGCUUUGCACGAAAGGGUGAUCUAACAGUACAUGAAAGAGUCCACACUGGAGAGAGGCCAUACCAGUGCAAAACUUGUGACAAAGGGUUUGCACAAAAGGGCGAUCUACAAGUACAUGAAAGGUCCCACACUGGAGAGAAGCCAUACCAGUGCAAAACUUGUGACAAGUGGUUUAGUCAGAAAGGAAAUCUACAAGUACAUGAAAGAUCCCACACUGGAGAGAAGCCGUACCAGUGCAAAACUUGUGACAAGUGGUUUGCACAAAAAAAUAAUCUAACAGUACAUGAAAGAUCCCACACUGGAGAGAAGCCACACCAGUGCAAAACUUGUGACAAGUGGUUUGCAUAUAAGGGUGAUCUAACAGUACAUGAAAGAUCCCACACUGGAGAGAAGCCUUACCAGUGCAAAACAUGUGACAAGCAGUUUCCACAAAAGAGUCAUCUAACAGUACAUGAAAGAUUCCACACUGGAGAGACGCCAUAUCAGUGCAAAACUUGUGACAAGCAGUUUCCACAAAAGAGUCAUCUAACAGUACAUGAAAGAUUCCACGCUGGAGAGAGGCCAUACCAGUGCAAAACUUGUGACAAAGGGUUUGCACAAAAGGGUGAUCUACAAGUACAUGAAAGAUCCCACACUGGAGAGAAGCCAUACCAGUGCAAAACUUGUGACAAGUGGUUUAGUCAGAAAGGAAAUCUACAUAGACAUAAAAGAUCCCACACUGGAGAGAAGUCAUACCAGUGUAAAACUUGUAAUAAGCAGUUUACUCAUAAAGGAAAUCUACAAGUACAUGAAAGAUUCCACACUGGAGAGACGCCAUACCAGUGCAAAACUUGUGACAAGCAGUUUCCACAAAAGCAGGUUCUAACAGUACAUGAAAGAUCCCACACUGGAGAGAAGCCAUACCAGUGCAAAACUUGUGGUAAGUGGUUCAUGCAGAAAAGAAAACUACAAGUACAUCAAAGAUCCCACACUGGAGAGAAGCCCUACCAGUGUAAAAGCUGUGACAAGUGGUUUAGUCGUAAACUAAUUCUGAGAGUACAUAAACGAUCCCAUGCUGGAGAGAAGCCAUACCAGUGCAAAGCUUGUGACAAGUGGUUUACUCAGAAGGGAACACUUCAAAAGCAUGAAAAAUUGCACUCUGGACAGCAGCCAUAUUCCUCAGAUCACGAUGAAACAUUUACUUGCUGGAUUUGUCAGGAGAAACUGAGCAGUGCUUCCCAGCUCAUUAACCACUAUGAGGAACACAUGAAGUUGCCUUGAUAUUAUUGUUGGUACAUGUAAGUCUAUCUGAUGCAAGAUUAAAAAUACAUGAAACAAGCACAAUAGGGAAGCAGGUGCAUUAUAGAUGUAAAGUUUUGGUGAUAUACUCUCUUUAGGUUAGACUGAAGUUAUAUUUUGGUGAAAAAGUAAAGUUUUCUAUUUUCCUCUUCACGAAUUUCAGUGGAUUGUAAUCAAACUUGGUUGUUGGGUCAUUCACAAAUAGCAGUUAUUGAAAUGAUCACAGAUUGUGGAAAUACAUGUUGAUAACGAGAGUAAGCUUGUUACAGGUUAGAGGAGAUCCAUGGUAAAAAACAGAGCAGCAGAAACAAAACACUAUUUAUUUUUGAAUUAGCUUCAUGUUAAAGCUCUAAUUCGAAGAAAGCAUUUGAGUAUGUAAUUGUUGUGAGUUUGCUUGUGACUUAUUAGUUCAGCCCAGCAGACUGUUAAAAAUGGAUGCAGAGUCUGCAUCAAAGUCUGCUGAAAUUCCUUCCAUAUAUUUAGGGCUCACUUUUAUUUUUCUCAAAUCAAGCAAUUUAUAUACAAGGUCAGACAGAUAGGAGUUUUCAUUUUGUCACAAGAAUGAGAUGAAGCCAAAAAAACUCAUGAAAUUGAAUGUUCCCAUUAGGAUUUGAACCCUCACAGUGUAACAUUGUGGCUACUCUCAUAACCUAGCUGUCAGAAAAAAAUGAUCAGGAGUAGACUUUAUGUACCAGUUGCAUGAAGCUAUUUUAAAGGACUCGUUGUUGAUGCACUUCUUUCUUUAUGUGCUGACUCAAAUCAAAAUUUUUGUUUUUGGGCACCUGCCAGCAGUGAGCAUGGUGAACAGUUUCAUACAGUCAGCAAUUGUUAUUGCUGAUGCACAUGUUGUCAGUGAUCAACACUACCAGCAUGGAUUUUCUCAGUAGUCAACAUGAUGGGCAUGUAUUUCUGCUAGCUCUGAAAUGGUAGACCAUCAGAGAAAAAUGCCUUGGUUAUUUCUAGCAGUUGUCACAAGUCACAAGUGACUUUUUAAAGCCGAUGUAAAGGAGAAGAAAAGCCAACAGUCAGGGAGUAUGUUUUAACCCUUUAACUCCCAUAAGUGACCAAGACAGAAUUUCUCCUCACAAUACCAAUGCAACAUAGAGCACACAAGUGAUAAGAAUGAAGAAAAAUAUCAGUUAGAAGAUUAUCAGUUGAUCCAAUACCAAAUUCUCAAAACUAACAUCUCAAGAACUGUAUGGCAGAAAGUAAGGAGAAUUACUAAUGAGAUCUUGGGAGUUUAAGGGUUAGAGUUGAAUGAGUUAUUUCAAGGCGAUCACUGGAUCACAAAGUACAUAAAACUUCUGUUAUAUUUCUGGAGCUCGAGGAGCUUAAUAAGCUUACAUUAGAAGAGAAAUUGUGAUC